CAAGGAGCAGCAAUGGACAACCGUGCUAUCGUAUAUUUACUUGUUCUGGUGGUGGGAUUUUCAAUAGGUCUAACAGCUGUGAUACAAACACAGCAGACUGUGGUGGCAAAAGCAGGAGAAGAUGUCCUUUUGAGCUGCCGGCUCAUGCAGACUAAAGAUGUUCUUCAGGUCACCUGGCAGAAACUUCUACCAGAGGGGAAGAAGAAUUGUGCCACCUACAGUGAUCAUUUUGGGGAAACAGUGAACCCUGGUUUUCAGGGGAAAGUGGAGUUUAAAGAUGCUGGACUUCAGAACUGCUCCAUAGUUAUCAGGAAGGCGAUGGAGAAGGAUGAAGCAUGUUAUUACUGUUUGUUCAACACGUUUCCUGACGGUUAUCUGACAGGAAAAACCUGCCUCCGACUCUAUGAGCUGUAUGAACCCAUCCUACAAAUCAGAGAAUUAAACUCUACUGACGAGACAGUGGUGUCCUGCUCGGCCACAGGUCGUCCUGCUCCCACAGUAACUCUGAAUGUCCCACAACAAGACCUCUACUUCUCUAACAGCAGCACAGUCAGUGUCACCAACACCAACGGUACAGUCACCGUCACCACGACAGCUCUGCUGUCUGGUUUCCAUGGAAAUGACACACAAGUUGGAUGUGCGGCAAGACUGCUCUCAGUCCCUGAAAUGCAGGUGUUUAAGACGAUUCCUGCAGUCAAACGAUCGUCUGAUGAUGGUUUUAACGAGAAAUCUGGAUCUGAUAAGAAUGUCACUUUGAUCGUUGCAUUGUCUGUAUCAGUGGCCAUUGUUUUGGUUGUUGCUAUAGUCGUUGCUGUCCUGCUCAAACAUAAACAUAAGAACAGGGAUGCAGAUAAGAACAAUUUGCCACCAAAAUCAAUCAAAGACCAUCAUGAGUAAGACAAUUUCAUAAUUAUUCACUUGCACAUAUUAAUUGCUUUUUCAGAAAACUAUUAAAUGUCUUCUCUCUAUUUUGCCAUUUAAGUUCCUUCCUGUCUCUG